CCUUGCCCUCGCGGGACAACCAGUCCAGAGCCAUGAAGACCAAGAGCCGGCCCCCUCGGCGCCGGGCCCCGCCACAGGACGCGGACGCGGAGGCCGCCCCCGGGGAGCGCACCCCUGACAGGUCCCCGCCGGGCGCGGGCCCCGAUCCGGCCAAGGGCGUGCGGAGCCGGGCGGCGCGGGCAGCGGGGGCGCGGGCCGAAGGAGGGCGCAGGCGGCCGGGGCCGGGGCCGGGCGGCCGGCGGGACAGUAGCGCUCAGCGGCGGCUGGAGAGCAACGAGCGCGAGCGGCAGCGCAUGCACAAGCUCAACAACGCCUUCCAGGCGCUGCGCGAGGUCAUCCCGCACGUGCGCGCCGACAAGAAGCUCUCCAAGAUAGAGACGCUCACGCUGGCUAAGAACUACAUCAAGUCGCUGACAGCCACCAUCCUGACCAUGUCCAGCAGCCGCCUGCCGGGCAUGGAGGGGCCGGGCCCCAAGCUCUACCAGCACUACCAGCAGCAGCAGCAGGCGGGGGGCACGCUGGGCGCCCCCGAGGCCCAGCCGCAGGGCCACCUGCAGCGAUACUCCACGCAGAUCCACAGCUUCCGAGAGGGCACCUAGGCCCGGCCCUGGGCGGGUGGCAGUGGUGGCCGGCCUGCUCAUCCCAGCCCUGGUCCCCAUGCUGGGCCCCAGAUGGAUGGUGACAUCCCAUGAGGACACGGCCCCAGUGACUCCAUUUUCCCUGGGCUCUCAGCUGCAACCCCCCCCCCAGCAGUUUCUCCUGCACCUGUGGGGACAAGCAAGUGGCCCAGGGAGGCCAUGGCUUGGCGUGGACUGAGGCCCAAACUUCUGUGCAGGGCCAGGGUCCUGCUUUCCCACUAACCGGAAGUUGAAAGGCCUCAGCCUUUGCAGCUAAAUUCUCUUCACCCCGACUCCCUCCCAGGCAAGGGAGAUGCCAGGAAAAGGUUUACUUACAAGUGUCCCAGCCACACUUUGGCCAAGGCCCGGGAAGGACCCUCCUCCAGCAGCAGUGUGGGACUGGCUGAGGCCUGGGCCCAGCGUCCUCAUUCAGGGUAAACUGAGGCCCAGAACAAGCCGGGCAAAGCCUGAGGCCUCUGUGGAGGGUGCCCAAGAUGGUUGAAGCGUCCAGCUCAGCUGCCCUCAUCAAGUGACCUUGAAUUCACUCUAAGGGGACCUUGGAUGAGGGGCUUGAGUCUCUCCCUCCUUCUGAGUGGGCGCUUCUGUGAGGGCAGCACCCCCAGCUGCGGAGGGUCUGGGCCUGACCCCUGGGGGUGCCGAGGAGCUGGAGUCGGAGGUAGCCGGGUGUCCCCGGCACUGCCCUCUGGGCUCACCAGGAGAGAAGCUUCAAGGCCCUGGAUCCUCCCGCCCAGCCCUGGCCUGUGCAGGGAGAGGGGUUUGUCCUGGGCCUCCCACAUAGUGUCACAUUCAUUACUGCUGUGGAGUUGCCCCGUAAUUGGCGAGGGCAGUCUUAGGACUCUAGGAUGUCUUGGGUCCUGGUUUGAGUUGGGGGGCCCUUUGGGGCUUUCUGCGAGUGGAGCCUGGGGGUGGCAGCACUUCCCUCCCCCCACUCGGGUGGCAGGGCCCAGGCAGCUUGGCACAUCCCCACCGCCUCAGGCCCAGCUUCCUUCUCUCCGGCGUUCCUGCCCCACUGGCUCCGCCGGACCUGGCCACUUUGCUCUCAACUCCUCCCUCAUCCCUUGGCCCGGAGCUGUCCCAGAGGCCCCUGGGGGCCAGGCCCCUCCCCAGGUGCUGUGGUUGGGAGCCAAGCUGGGCCCAGGGCUCUAGCUGACCAGUCCCCACCAUUCGGCCUUGCCCUCCCCUUGGGGGUCCUGGCACCAGAUGCUAAAUGCACCAGCAGGCUUGGGGUCAGCCCUGGCCACCAUAUCAAGGGCAGCAGGUGGCACCUGAGGGACUUUUGGUCAGGCCCUCUGGAAGACGGCCCCAGCACGUGGGGCUUGCCUCAGUGAGAUUUGUUCUCCUGCCGGUCCUGCUGCCCCCAUGGGCCUCAUCUGGGGCUGAGCAUAGGUCUGAGCUGGGGAGAGAGAGAGGGAGCCCAGGCCUCCCUGACUGUGGGCACCCGCCCGGCGGGGGUGUGACACGGUGGGGUCUCCAGCGUGAGCGCAAUCAGGGUGCUACCGACCUGGCAGCCUUUGUUUCCCGCCGAGCUGCGGCCACAGCAGGGCUCCGUCCUUGCUCAAUGAACAGACAGGCUGAGCCUGAAAGCACAGGGCAGGGUGCCCAGUGGAGACUCUGUCCAGGAGACCAUGCCUGGUGACACGCCACAGCCCAGGGCUGCCCAGGGAUUUCUGUCCCAAACUGGCACCUGCGCCCUCUGCUUCCCAGUGACCUGUGGCCAGCCGCCCAGUCCUUCACCCGUGGCCGGAGGGGAUCUGCUGCCCCGUGGCCACAUCAGGAAGGAUGUUCCGAUGUCCCAGUCUUACUUCGGGGUGUCAAGUGUUGAGGGAGGUCUGUGACAGGCCUGCUGCCGGGCUGCUCCCUGGCCCUUGUCUCGGACCCAAAGCUCAGGCUGGACUCUCCUGUCCUGCAGGGAGGCUCUGCCUGGGCCAUGAGGUCUGAGUUUCCCAAGGUCGUCAUACAAGCAGGUCAGGAACCCACAUGCUGCUGAGCCCUGGCUGCCUAGGCCGCUCCCCCAGGCCAUCAACCCAGCCACCUACCCACCCAGCCUGGCACCAGCGCCCCAAGCCAGCUCCGGAGGUGAGGUCCUCACCAGCACAAGCAGGGAAACCAGAACUGCCACUUUUCUGUCUGGGAAAACCCGACUGGAACUGAACGGUCCGUGCUCCUGCUGUAAUUGUGGUGAAAAUGGUUCUUAAGUGACACAAAUUUGCUUUUAUUUUUUCUAAUGGUCCCUUCAAAGUACUAAUGAAAUCAAUGCUGUG